AUGGAGAGGCUGGUGAAGCGACAUCGCGAAUGGAUAGCACAUCGAGACAAUCGUGGCAGAACGGCAGCGAUGCAUGCGGCGAUUGCCGAUAACGUCAGAAAUUUGCAGUUCCUCUUGAGAAAAGGACUCUCGUUGUGGGAUGUAGACAGUGGUGGAGCGACACCACUACACUGGGCUACGCAAUGUGUUUCAACGAAGGUGGUACGAUAUAUCCUGCAAGCCGGGAAGUCACCACAAGGCUUGGCACCCUUUCUAGUACCGGAUAAAGAGGGCGUCACACCAAUACAUAUAGCAGCUGGUGGAAAUGGCAAGAUAUUACAGAUGUUCAUCGAUGCUGUGAGCGCUGCCGAUGAUGUUUUUGGCUUGGCACAGGACAAACGCGGUCGAGGUCCUCUUCAUUAUGCUGCAGCUAAAGCGAGUGUUGAAAGUGUCAGACUCAUACUAGACUCUCCAACUCUCGGUCUACCAGUAGAUGCAAAAGACUCCUGUGGCCUCACACCGCUAAUGUGUGCUGUAGGUGUCCCAUUUACACAAGGUGUCGACGUUUGCCGGCUGCUAGCUCGUCGGAAAGAGAUGUCGAUAUCAGCUAGAAAUCGUGAUGGACUGUCAGCGAUCCAUCUUGCAGCUAUCGCUAACAAUCUUCCGGUGCUCAAGCUUUUCGCUGAGGAAAUGGGCAAAAAUGUCGAGGUCUUUGACAAUGACAAUCGAACACCUCUUCACUAUGCAGCUGAGCAAGGCCACUAUGAAAUUGUGCAACUAUUGCUAGCUUGUGGAGCCAGAAGUACAACUAGCGAUAAAUACGAUGCGAGCCCCGCACACUAUGCUGCUCAGUUCAGUGUCAGCUGUCUUGAUCUGAUUCUAGCAAAGAACAAUUAUGUGGAAAUUAAAGACCGCGAAAAUCGUUCAUGUUUAAUGUGGGCCGUGUGCGCAGGAAAUGUCGAGGUGAUCGAGUAUCUUGUACGUAAAACAUCGCCUGAUCGUCAAGCUAGAGACAAUCACGGCUUCACUGCUCUCCAUCUUGCUGCUAUGGUUGGUAAUGAAAACAUCUGCAAGGUGCUCGUUAGACAAGGUUGGAAUCUCUCGGAACGCGACAAGCUUGACAACACACCGUUGCAUUUGGCAGCCGGACGUGGUCAUACAGACGUUGUGCGUUUUUUAGUCACAGCUGGUGCCAAUAUGAAUGAAAAGGAUGCUAUGGACAGAACACCUGUCUAUUGGGCAUGCUUCGGUGGCCAAGCACAUACCCUCUACUGUAUGAUUAAGGAAUUGGGAUUUGAAUGGCGCACAGUCGAAAAGCAUCGACGUGUUCCGAUCACUGAUGCCCUCGGACAGACGCCACUACAUGCUGCAGCUUUUGCUGGUUUCACUGCUUGCAUCAAUGUGCUUCUGAAUAUAGAAGCUGAGGACGACUGUCUCAUCUCGCCAUUGACUGGAUGGAAGGAUAAACACGGUGAGACCGCACUCCAUGUGGCUUGCAGUCGAGGUAAAAUGGACUGCGUACUUGCUCUGCUCAAAGGUGGUGCUGCUCCCAAUGCCGUAAACGAUGCGAGGAAAACUUGCUUACAGUGUGCAAUCGACAACAAGCAUAGCAGUAUAGCCGAGUAUCUUCGCUCUCAGGGUGCGUUAGUGUUUGCUGAGCUGAGCGAAACGGCAGCUAGAGUCAUACAAAGUUGGUGGAGAGCUAUAUUGUUGCGACGACGAAUGCGCACUAUGAGGAUGAAGUAGAAAACUGCUGUAUGUAUUUAUAAAUAAU